AUUGUUAAAUUCACUAUAAUUGUUGACUCUAUGUGCACUGCAUCAUUGACAAUCCUCCUCUCUCUCUCUCUCUCUCUCUCUCUCUCUCUCUCUACUUCAAUGGGGUGUUGUGGACAGAGAAUGAUCAUGGACGCAGUGGCCAUCGGAGUAGCUCUUCUUGCUUUUGUCUCCGUUUUCACUGUCAUGAAGCUGGGAAGCAGUAUUCAAUCAAGCCUUGUUGGAUCAGCCAGUGGCUGUCAAUUUCCAGCAGUAUUCAACUUCGGCGAUUCCAACUCCGACACCGGCGCCGGAUCGACCACGCUCCGUCUAGUCCCACCUCCCAAUGGCCAGACUUUCUUCGGCAAACCUUCUGGCCGGUUUUCCGACGGCCGGCUUAUUAUCGACUUUAUAGCUGAGAAGUUGGGGUUACCAUACUUGAGCGCGUAUCUGGAUUCUAUGGGUACAAAUUUCAGACACGGAGCAAAUUUUGCAGUAGGUGGUGCAACUAUAAAGCCCGAGCCUGCUAUGAACCCAAUCCAUCUUAGCCUACAGCUAUAUCAGUUUGAGCAAUUCAAAUCACGCGCUAUCGAGUUAUACAACCAAGGCAAUAAAUUAUAUGCAAUGAGCCUCCCAAGACCCGAGUGGUUCUCAAAAGCCCUUUAUACAACAGAUAUUGGACAGAAUGAUCUUCAUUAUGGGUUCCUGACUCUGACGGAGGAGCAAGUGAAGGCAUCUAUUCCUGGUCUAAUUGAUCUCUUUGCUUUGGCCAUAGAGAAACUCUACCAAGAAGGAGCAAGAGCAUUUUGGAUACAUAAUACAGGCCCCAUAGGCUGCCUUCCUUUCUUUGUCAUAAAUAAUCCGCCAAAGACUGGCAAUGCUGACCCCAAUGGUUGUAUUGAGUCUUACAAUGUGGUGGCCCAAGAGUUCAACAAGCAGCUUAAGGACAGGGUUACCCAAUUAAGGAACAAAUUUCAAGAUGCAUUGCUGGUUUAUGUAGACAUCUACAAAGCCAAAUACUCUCUGAUCAGUGAACCAAAACAGCAUGGUUUUGUUAAUCCUCUUGGGUUCUGCUGUGGGCAUCAUAAGGAUUCCAGUCUUAAAUGCUGGGACGACGCAGAAGUUAAUGGUACCAAAGUUUAUGGAGCUUCUUGCAGUAACCCUUCUGAAUACAUCAGCUGGGAUGAAAUACAUUAUACUGAAGCUGCAAACUACUGGAUAAGCAACCGGAUUUUGGAUGGUUCACUCUCAGAUCCUCAGGUUCUUCUUACGGAAGCAUGUCUCUAGAAUGCUCACCCACGAUAACAGGCAAGCUAAGCUUUGAGCAUGAUCUUAACUCCUGAAACUAAACUGUGUGAUCAUCUUUGGCAAAGAUUUGAUGCCCGCAAAAAAGUGACAUUGCGAAAAAUGUUACUUGAAAAGAGACAAUGGGAAUUCAUGCCAAUUUUCAUUUCCACGUCUUCAUUAGAGUUGGGAUUUCUGCCGGAAGAUUCUUUGUCCUUGUGGAUCAUAAGGAAUAGCUAUGCUUGAUGAAAUGAUAAAGCAAUGAGAGUUCUGAGAGUUUCUAUUUACAUGUGACCAUAUUCCUUGUAAUUUGUCGGAUAUACUAUAAUUGGGUCUGUACAUUUGUGCUGGGGAUACUAUAUGAGUGAUUUAAUUGGUCACUCCAUGUUCAUCGUUCUGUAAAUAGAGUUGUAUCUUCUGCAUUUGUGGUUGUUAAGUUGAAUGAAAUAGUGGUAUUUAUCUUC